GCUGCGCUAGCAUACAUUUGGCUAUCGUAGCAUUGGGCUGCCCUCUUUUGUUGAUAUCAACUAGGGGAGACAAACAAUUGUUGCAAGUGAGCUUCUAAAUCACCAGCGGCACCUAUAAUUCAUAGUACAAACCCCAAGAAUGGACGUUGAAAUGGAGCAAGCUGAUCAGGCAAAUUUAGCGCAACAGGAAGCAACGCCGGCUCCAGAUUCUGCCCCGCCGGCGCCCCCAAACCCUGACGUGGAAGCCUUCAACCAGCGAUGGCAAACAGUACAAGCAGACCCGCAGGACUUCACAACAUGGACCUCACUCCUCACAAUCGCGGAGCGUCUGGAUGACAUAGAAAAAAUCCGAACAGCGUACGACGCUUUCCUCGCCGAGUAUCCCCUUUGCUACGGGUAUUGGAAGAAGUAUGCGGACGCGGAGGCUCGCCACCAGAAUGUGGACAUGGCUACCCAUGUGUACGAGCGCGGCGUAGCGGCGACGCCGUACAGCGCUGACCUGUGGGGUCACUACGCCGCCUUCAAAAAGGCGCAACCGGAGUCCACCCCAGAUGAUGUGCGCAGCAUCUUCGACCGCGCGCUGGCCUACGUGGCCACCGACUACAGCAGCCACACGCUGUGGGACAAGGUGUUUGCGCUGGAGCAGGAGGCCGGCAGCAGUCUGCAGCUGGCGGCGCUGUACGGCAGGGUGCUGGGCUGCCCCAUCCGGGAGCUGGACAGAUACUACACCAGCUUCAAGAACUUUGUGCACCCGCUGGCGGCUGCUCAGCUCAUUUCCCACAGCGAGUACGACAGCAUCCGUGCCCGGCUGGAGGGGGAGCGGGCGGCGGAGGCGGCAAAGGCGGCGGAGGCGGCGAGGGUGAAGGCGGAGGCGGACGCCAAGGCAGCCGCGGAGGCGAAGGCAGCAGCGGAGGCGAAGGCGGCGGAGGCGGCUCAAUCAGCGGCGGCGGAGGGGGAGGGCGCGGAGGAGGUGAAGAAGGAGCCAUCCUCAACGGCGGAGGUGGAGGCGGCGGAGGGAGCAACGGCGGAGGCGGAGGUGAAGCCGGAGGCUGAUGCGACAGCGGAGGAGGAAGCAGCGCCGGGGACCGAUGCCGCCGCCGCUGCAACAGCAGCACCAGCAGCGGCGGAGGCGGAGUGGGCUACCGGCGGAGAUGGCGACCAAGCCAUGGCUGAUGUCAAGCCCGAGCCUGAUGCCGCCCCCUCCUCCGACCCCUCCUCCGCACCCGCUGCUGACGGGACAACGGAGGUCAAGCCUGACCCAGAAGCCAAGCCUGACACCGAUGCCGCAGCCACCACCGAUACCACCGCCACCACCGCGGAAGCCGAAGCCACCACCCCGGCAGCGGCUCCGGAGCCCGCCAAACCCGAACCCAUCGUGGUGACGGACGAGGAGAUCAAGACGGUGUGGGUACGGCAGCAGGACGAGACGUACGAGCGCACCAAGCAGGAGCUCCUGCGCCGCAAGCCCUUCGAGGACGCGGCUCGGCGGCCGUACUUCCACAUCAAGCCGCUGGACGGUGUGCAGCUGUUCAACUGGAUCCGCUACCUGGACUAUGUGGAGGGGCGCGGGGAGCACGCGGCGACGGUGACGGUGUUCGAGCGCUGCCUGGUGGCCUGCGCCAACUACCCAGGCGGCAGCUGACGGCCCCCCUGCGGCCCCGGCUUGACAACCAGGCAGGCAGGCAGGCGGGCUGGCAGGCCUCGCUGACACGCCCUCUUACUCUUACAACUCAUGCGGUAUGCACUGCUCUGCAAAGGGUGCUGUAGAGGGUGCCUUGCUGCUGCCGCCUCUCCCUUGCUCCGGGCAUGCCCCACCGUUCACAAUGCAUUCCCCUUCCCCUCCUCUUUGGUCCGGUCGGCAGCGAUACCACCUCGUCACACAUAACAGCAGCAGCAGCAGCACCGGGCCCGUCGUAAGCCCUUCUCCCCGCUGCUCCCUCUCCCACCCCCGGGUAUGUGUGCUGCCCUUGCCAGUGCUCCCCCCAGGUGAGGCCCCGGGGUGAGGUGCCCUCUGCUGCCACAGCCGCUCCCAGCCCCCCUCUUUCGCCACCUACUCCUCACCGCUCCCUUCCACAGCCAUACCCACCUUUUCCCUCCUCCCUGCCCCCCUCCCUUCCCCUCCCAAUUCCCCGCCCCUCCAAACCCUGCCCCCCCCCAAACAGAGUUCUGGCAGCGCUACAUCCGCUACCUGGACCGCUCCGGCGACCAGUCCGCCGCCCGCGCAGCGCUGGACCGCGCGCUGCUGGGCUUCUGCAAGCGGCGGCCUGAGAUGCACCUCUUCGCGGCGCACUUUGCGGAGGCGCGCGGGGCGGUGGAGGAGGCGCGCGGGCGGUACAAGCAGCUGCUGAACUGCGUGGCGCCGCGGCUGCUGGAGGCGGUCACUGCGGCGGCAAACUUUGAGCGGCGGCAGGGCAACCUGUCUGCCGCGUGCGCCUACCUUGCCGAGCUGAUGAGCGAGGAGCGGUCCAAGGAGGGCAGCCGCAUCUACCCCUUCCUGGCCAUCCACUACGCGCACUUCAUGCGGCAGCACACCGGGGACCUGGCGGCGGCGAGGAAGGUGUUGGACGACGCACUGGCGCAGUGCCCCGGCGUACGGAGCCUCUGGGAGGCCGCCGUACACUUUGAGGAGCUGGUGGGCGGGCCCGAUGCUGUCGUACGGGCACUCGACCUGUACGACAAAUGUACUGCCUCCCCGGCGGAGGGCUCCGCGGCCGCAACCGCCGCCGGCAGGUGCCUACCCGAGCGCGACCGGGAGGAGCUCUCAGCCCGGGCGGUUGAUUUCGCCGACAUGUACGGCACGUACGAGCAGCUCAAGGCGGUUUCGGAGCGCCAUGCGCAGCGCUUCAUGCUGCCCACCACCGUGACUGCGGAGGCGCGGGCGGCGGCGACUGCGAAGCGCGUGGCGGAGGCGUCUGCUGCGGGCAGCGGCGGCGGCGCGGCGCACAAGGUGCCGCGUCCCGAUGUAGCGGCAACGAGUGCACCUGCCGCCGCGGCAGCGGCGGCGGCGGCGGCGGUGCCGCCUCCGCCGCCCAUGAUGCCCUCAGCGGCGGCAGCUGGGUACGGGUACCCGCCGGCGCCGCCGGCAGCGGCCGCUGCUGCUGCUGCGGCGGCGUAUUCCCAGUAUUACGGCUACGGGCAGUACCCGGCGGCAGCUCAGUACCCGGGUUACGGAGCCUACCCUGGGUACGGCUACUGAGCGAGUACGGCAGCUGUGAAUAGGUUUGAUGGCGUGUGGACGGUUUCGGGAUCCGGAGAUGUGUGGGGCAACGUGGGGCGCUCACUGCGAGUUUCGCUGCGAGAGGUUGGCCGCGAGGGGGCGAGGUUGCGAGGGGUGAGGAGUACCGGUAGGAAGAAGGCUAAAGGGUCGCUGGCGGCGGUGGAAUGUUGUUGACGUACGGUAGCGACCCAGAUGGACGAGGCGAAUGGGCUGCGGGCUGUCCCUGGUUGAAUAGGGAAGGAGAGCCUUGGAGGAAGUCGGGGUACACGUUAAGACAUGUCUAAUCUGCAGUACGGUCAGCAGCAAGGCUUUUGCUGGCUCUGGCUCACUGGCUUUGGAAGAAUUUAGCCGGAGGUAGUUCUGGCUGUACUGCUCGUCCAUCGGGCCCAUCUGUAGUCGCACAGGCUUUCGGCGGACCGAAAUGCAGCCGAAGAGCCGAUACACUCAACAGCCCUUCCCAGCAUAACAAACUGUUAAAACAGCCAUCGAUUGGUUCAGAGAUUCUCAGACCUAGGAACUGUUGCAAUGGAGACGUCGGUGCCCAAAUCAUCAUCAAGGACGAACUCGAGGGUUUUUUGCUUUCGAACUGUUGGAGAAGACUUGCUCGCUUUGCUCGAGGAUCAAGCUGACAUUACCUACGACAUCAUCCUCAAGGCGGAAGGCGGACGUCAGUUUCCAGCCCAUCGCUGCAUCUUGAUUGCUCGAAGCCCAUACCUGAAGAGCAAGCUCAGCUGCAGACCUCUCGAUGAUUUUAUUCACGUGGAGGAGCUGCCUGGUGCGGACCCCGACGCUCUGGCCCUGCUAAUGCGCUUCAUCUAUGGUGGCGUGCUAGAUACCUGGAAUCGACCUGUACUGAGGCCAGCAAUACAGCUGGCAAGUCUAUUGUCGCUGCCUGAUGCAGUUGCCACGCUGGAGCAACGCCUCUUGCUAACGGUGGAUAAGCAGACAAUAGUGCAGGACUUGUUAUGGGCAGAUCGGCACAGCUUUAAGAACAUAUCCGCUGCACUCCGGACGGCCUAUGUUAAGCAUUACGCGCGAGUCAUUGACCUUGAGGCCAUCGUGGUGCUCGCGGAGGCGAACCCGCAGUUGAUGGCACGCCUGCAUAUGGCGGUGCUGGACUCGCUGUACACGGUGCCAAGCUUUGCGCCCCAGGCACGAACCUCUAGGACUCGUCAUACGCUAUGGGCCUUCAGAGCAGCAACCGCCAAAGGCCGCGGCGAUGCCACACCCGCGCCCUCUUCCACGGACGGGUUCGCCUCUGCGCAAACGCCAUCUACAUUUGGGCUGUUUGGAUCCGAAGCAUUCAGCUUCCGGUUUGGAGCAGGGUCCUCUCCAUCAGCAGGUUCUGGCGCCUCUGUAACCUCUACAUCGACAGGCACAGCAAUCAACACCUUCGCCACAAGAGGAACUGAAACUGCCUCGGCUCGGCCUGUUGCCGGGACCUCACCCGCCCCGGCCGCAGCUCCCCUCACCACCGCACCCGCCCCGGCCGCAGCUCCCCUCACCCCCUCACCCGCCCCGACCGCAGCUCCCCUCACCCCCUCACCCGCCCCGACCGCAGCUCCCCUCACCCCCUCACCCGCCCCGACCGCAGCUCCCCUCACCCCCUCACCCGCCCCGGCCGCAGCUCCCCUCACCCCCUCACCCGCCCCGACCGCAGCUCCCCUCACCACCGCACCCGCCCCGGCCACAGCUCCCCUCACCCCCUCACCCGCCCCGACCGCAGCUCCCCUCACCACCUCACCCGCCCCGGCCGCAGCUCCCCUCACCACCUCACCCGCCCCGGCCGCAGCUCCCCUCACCACCUCACCCGCCCCGGCCGCAGCUCCCCUCACCACCUCACCCGCCCCGGCCGCAGCUCCCCUCACCACCUCACCCGCCCCGGCCGCAGCUCCCCUCACCACCUCACCCGCCCCGGCCGCAGCUCCCCUCACCACCUCACCCGCCCCGGCCGCAGCUCCCCUCACCACCUCACCCGCCCCGGCCGCAGCUCCCCUCACCACCUCACCCGCCCCGACCGCAGCUCCCCUCACCACCUCACCCGCCCCGACCGCAGCUCCCCUCACCCCCUCACCCGCCCCGGCCGCAGCUCCCCUCACCACCUCACCCGCCCCACCUCAACCGGCUCUUGCAGGGCAGACACCCGGACCCCGGAUAGCUCUGGUCUUCCAGAGCCCCGCUCCAUCGCCCGCGCCUCAGAGCCGGCAGGCUCCCCUCCAGGAGGAGCGCGCAGCGGGCCUCGAGGCCGGAGCCGCGGAGAAGGCGACUACCAGCUCCCUUCCGCUGAGUCCGAUCGCCAUGUCGCCUGUUCCGCUAGCUGCCGCUCGCACUGCCGGUGAACCCACUACGAGCGCCGCAGCAGCCCCUGUGCUGUCGUUCGUCUCCGCUCUGGCGAAGGACGCCUUCAAGCCCAGCGCGCCAGCGGCGGAGACGGCAGCGGCGGCUGCUGGAACCAGCACCUGUGCGUCUGCGCCUGAGGGCAGCAGCGAGGUGCCAGCGUUUAGCUUUACGGCCCCGGACGCGCCGCUGGAUGGGCGCCUACGCCACGUGAAUGAGGUGGUGGGCGCUGCAGCGAGCGGCAGUGCUGCCAUCCAGCCGCCUGUGUUCAAGUUCCAGGAGUCGACGGUGUCGCUGACGCCGCCUGCAGCGUCGGACGCGGCCCCCAGCCAACCGCCCUCUCAAUUCGCGGAGGAGGUUGCUAAGGCGGCGACGGUGCCCUUCCCUGACGACGAUGACGAGGAGGAGGCUGCGGCUGCCGGCCCUGGGACGUCGCAGCCGUCUGCGGUCGCUCCUGCGGCGGACGCCCGACCACCUGCCCAGGCCGAGGCGCGUGCGCAGGUGCAGCCGUCCAAACCUGUUGUCCCUGCAGGCUCCAAGCGGGUGAACUUCUCAGAUCAACUGGAGACACCGCCGCAGGAGAAGCAACAGCAGCAGCCGGAGAAGGCGGCGGAUGGGUUAGCCAAGGCGGCGGCAGCAGUGCCUGCGUCGACGCCUUCCCCUACACCCGGCGGCGGCUUCUUCUUCAACGCCCACGCAGGCAGUACGCCCUUCCGGCCUGCAGGCGGAGAGGUACCCCCUGCUGAGACGCCGGCACCCGCCAAGGACAAGGCGGAUGAUGCUCGGCCGGCGGCGACCUCCAUCUUCUCUUUCGGUGCGCCGGCAAGCACGCCCGCACCGGCAGAGGCCGCAGCUGAGAAGGCAAAGCCCUUUGGUGUCGUGACGUUCGGGUCAGACAAGCCCGCCAGCCUUUUCAGCUUUGGAGGGCAGCCUGCCGCAGCUCCCGCUGGCGCUGCGGCGGCCGACAAGCCUGCUGCGGCAGCGGAACAGCAGCCCGCCACAGCUAGCGGCUUCACCUUUUCGCUGGGCCUAGGCCACCCCAGGGAUGGGUGCAUUCGUAUGAAGGCGCGGCGCCAUGGGGGCCACUGAGGAGAGAGCUGCAGGAGUUGCGGGGGAGAUGACGGAGCAGGAGUGAGGGUCUACAGGGCGCGGCAGCGCCUUCGGGCGUAUCAUCGGUCCCAGCUCCAAGCUCCGUAACCGCGAUACCGACAGCGGGGCCUAGCAGCUCCGAAUCGGCCUCAGCUUCAGCAGCGGGACCUGCCGUACAAGUGGUGACCGCAGAGGCGACUUCUGAGCAAGCACAGCGCCCAGCAACCGACGAGGUGUCUGCCUCUGCCGCUCCUCCGUCUGUCGCUAGCGCUACUGCUGCCGCUCCUGCUGCUGCUCCAGGUGCUGUCGAGGGCGAACCUAUUACGGCCGAGCCGAGUACGGCAGCGCCCCCAGCUGACGAUGCCCCGGCAGCUGCAGCACCAGCAGCCCCGUACGGAUUGCGCUCGUGGGCUGCGCUUGCCGCUAAGGCCACGGUCACAGCGUUGCCAAAGCCGCAGACACGGACAGGCCCAGGCAGCCGAGGCCGCGGCCGGGUACACCUCCAACAACAACAACAGCGAGCUGGCGGCGGCGGCGGACGCCAAGGCCGCCAUGGCACCGCGUCAUCAUCAACCGGCGCCGCGGCGUCGCAUCAACAUUCGAUGCCCAUCGGCGCUGCCUCCGUCGACAGGGACUGCUUGGGUACCACACCGCGCCCGUCAUUACCACUGCUACUGCUGCUGCAGCCGCUCGCAUGCAAUCCCAACCGCCACCGCAAGCGGCCCCCCAUGUGCAGACCUAAACACAUGCCCGGCAUGCGGAGGAGCCAGGCAGCACGGGUGGCUUCAGCCCUGCGCCCUCGCCCACGCACGCAGGCCAGGAGGCGGCCGCCGCCGCCGCCGCCGCCGCCGCUGCCGCCGCCGCUGCUGCGCCAAGCCGCCCUGGCAAGGGUCAGUGGACGGCUGCCUCUUCAGUUACGGCACCACCUGCCGCAGCGGCCGCUGCCCCUCAUGCCGACGCUGCCGCGACCGCAUCUCCGCAGCAGCAGCCUCCUCCCGGUGCUGUGGGGCCUCUGCCCAGGGCGGUCCCAACGCCCCCGGACUAGCCAGUGGUAGCGGAACCGGAAGCCCCGAGGCUACCUGAGCCGGCGGCUGAGGUCCCUAGUGUCGUGCUUGAAGCGGCGGCGGCUGUGCCCGCGGUGCAGUCGCCAGCACCGCUGCUGGAGCUACCAGCGGCGGAAGCCCCGGCGACGGCAGCGGCGGCGGAACCCGCGGCUGCCGUACCCACUUGCAUUUCCGCUGCCGUACCCGGCGACAGCAACACAAGCGCUGUGGAGCAGCAGCCGGUUGUGGCGGCCAGCGAGGCCCCGGCGGCUGCUGACUUGGAGAAGGACCAAGUAGAGAAGGAGGAGGACGAGGAGGAGCAGGCCACUGAGGCUGCCAUCCCUGUUGGUAAGAACCCAUGGGACCUUCUGGAAGCUGCUGGUGAGGAUGGCGAUCAACACCUUCACCACAACAGGAACUGGAACUGCCUCGGCUCGGCCUGUUGCCGGCACCUCACCCGCCCCUGCCACAGCUGCCUCCGCCACCACUACCGUCCCUGCCGCAGCUCCCCUCACCACCUCAACUGCCCUUGCCGCAGCUUCCUCGGUUGCCUCGACUGCCACAUUCCUCUCCGCCGCAUUCCUGCUUCGCCUCGAGAUGACAGCGCUGCCGCCUUGGCCGCAGCCGUCUUUGGAAGCCCCUGCACCCCAGUCCGCGUCACGUCCACCCCCAUUGCGGUAAUCGGCAGCGCGUCAACGAACGACUAAGUGCAAUGUAGUCAACAGUGGUAUGUGAUUCAUGGCAAAUACGGCCGCACAUGGUAUGCGGCAUAGGCGCAUAAGAAUGAACCGGCUGGGCGGGUCAGUUCGUAGGCUGUCUUGUCCUGUUCUGUUGUAGGUCGUUUGCAUGCUCAUGCUUUACACUAUUCAUCCGGGCAGCCUUGUCCUGGUGCCUGUAGUAGUCGGCGUCUGUAUAUGUCUUAGGCAAAUGUGCAUGUGUUGGCCGUGAGCCGAAUGUGCAUGUGUACUACCGCAUGCAGGAGGUGCAGCAGCCUAGGUAGGGCGGAUCAUCGAAGAUGGAUACCGUUAAGAGGGCAUGUACCGUGGGUAACGGGGGUGUUGUGCUUUUCCGUUGACCUAUCCGCUCAGGAAUGGGCCAGGAAUGGUUAAGGACGACCGUGUAGGCGAUUCCAUAUGUAUCCAAACUAGGAAGGGGUAGAUUUACUCGUGCACAAAAAGACGUCCCGCACAUUAGCAGGGCUCCUGACACGACUCCCUCCGGAGAGCACAUUGCCCUCGGGGCCAUGUAGGCGUGUAUACUUUACAUAAGCGGUAGGCGGGUUACAUGUUUCUGUAAGUAUCGCGAGGAUGGCAAAGUAUGUGUUGCUAGGUAUGGCACGCUGGCGUUAGCGCUCGGUUUAAGCUGCUGGGGUGACGUGUAUUACAGGUGUAUUAACUGGCCGCGAGGCGGAACGUACUAUGAUUGCGUCGGCAAAUGUUUUUCUCAUUGUUUGAUGGGUCUUGUGAUGUUAAGCCUAAGUGGCACAAUACAAUGAAGGAUCCACCUGCUUACAUGUUUUCAAUGCUGAGUUGGGGUGUAGCAAGUUACUCGGCCCUUUUGUUGUUGGGUUGGAUUGCAAAAACCAUGGACUGGUUUAUGUGGAUAGUUAGUUUUGUACAGGGUAGGAGGAUGGCUACAGAACCAGUCAUCAGAUGUGCAAAGUGUUUUCGUUCGCUGCUUGACAUGCUGUCAGUCGUGUACACUACAUACCGGCACAUACAGCCGCGGCGCCGUAACAUAUACGUACGUAUGGGGCACAGGAAUUUUAGCAUUUCGCCAAUAUAGCAGAACCGAGCUCCCUCAGCAUUUGUGCACGCGG